AUGACUGAACAAGGCUUUGAGGCAGAUUGUGCUCUCGGCAUAAUCCAAUCCAAUGACCAGUGGCUCUGCAACCAAAUCGGCUUCGCGCUACCGCCCGAUAACAUGCAAAUGACCGCACCACCGUACGACCGAUCUCUCCUCGACGGCCAUUACACCGCCACCGUCACCGCCACCGCCACCGACCUCUCGGAAUUCAUGGACCAACUUAUUAGACCAAACCCAUCACUCUCUCAAAAUACCGAUGACUUCUCAAUCGACAACACGCCGUCGAACAACAACUACGUAGCCCAAUCCGACGUACACACGCCACCGCAAAAGGCACCAAGAAGAGAUUGUUACGAGCGCAGCGGCGACGAGGGCGGCGAGAGACCACAUCACGACCAUGAGAUGCGGAUGAUCACACUGCUUAUGGAGUGCGCGGUUCAAAUAUCUACGGAGAACUUGGGGGAGGCCCAGAACAUGCUUCUGGAGCUCACCCAGAUGGCUUCUCCGUAUGCGGCGUCGUGCGCGGAGAGAGUCGUCGCGUACUUCGCGGAAGCCAUGGCCUCCAGAAUCGUGAACUCAUGCAUAGGUGUUUGCUCUCCCCUGUUGCUCCCUUACAAGACCAUCCUCUCUGCAUUCCAGGCCUUCAACAAUCUCUCUCCUUUCAUUAAGUUUGGUCACUUCACGGCUAACCAAACCAUACUAGAAGCCUUCCACCAGGAAGAGAGAAUACACAUCAUUGAUCUGGACAUCAUGCAGGGCCUGCAGUGGCCGGCCCUUUUCCACAUCCUGGCCACGAGGCCCAAUGGGCCCCCGCAGGUCAGGAUGACAGGCCUCGGCCCGUCGGGCCCGGUGCUGGAGGAGACCGGGAUGCAGCUCGCCGGGUUCGCGAGGAGGCUCGGGAUGCGGUUCGAGUUCCACCCGAUUGCGAGGCGGUCGGGCGACCUCGACCCUUCUUCGGUCAUCAUCCCGCCCGGUCGGAGGUCGGGGGAGGCCGUGGCCGUCCAUCUGAUGCGGCACGCAUUGUACGACGCCACGGGGGACGAGAGCAACACCAUGAGGCUAUUGGAGCACCUGGGCCCGAGAGUGGUCACAUUGGUGGAGCAAGAAAUGGGCCACAACUGUGGGCCCUUCUUGGGCCGGUUCGUGGGGGCGCUGCACUACUUUUCGACCGUAUUCGAUUCGCUGGGCUCGUCGUGGGCCGUGGACGACGUGGGCCGACACCGCGUGGAGAGCGGGCUUUUAGCGAGGGAGAUCGCGAACGUGGUGGCGGUCGGCGGGCCGGGCCGGGGCGGGGAGGAGAAGGUGGGGAGGUGGCGCGACGAGCUGGCCCGGCGAGGGUUCGUCCAGGUUGAGAUGAGUGGGAACGCCAUGGCUCAAGCACAGCUAAUAGUUAACAUGUUUCCACCUGCGUUGGGUUACAGUGUGUUGCAUGGAUCGGACGGCUCGCUCGGGCUCGGUUGGAAAGGUGCAGGAUUGUACACCGCGUCUGCAUGGACCGCACGAUCUUCGUUGUAG